AUGGAUGAGGAAGAUCUGAUCGAGUUCGGUCCUGAUCCUAUUGAGGAAGAUCUGAUCGAGUUCGGUCCUGAUCCUAUUGAGGAAGAUCUGAUCGAGUUCGAUCCUGAUCCUAUUGAGGAAGAUCUGAUCGAGUUCGAUUCUGAACCUAUUGAGGAGAUGAAACACCUUUGCUUGCGGGAGGACUGUGUUUGUACACGUCACGGUGUUCAGGAAGAUGGCGCAACUGCACUUCUAAGUACCACAAACUCCUCAUCCGAACACCAGGUCAUCGUCUCGACCCCGUCAUUGAACAACACUCAAUCCGGUGUGCAGACAACUCACAAUACGACCAGCCCCACCGGAAUUCAGGUCGCUCUGCCAAAGAAAGCAGCCGAGAAGAAAGAAGUUGCCACAGCAAAGCAGUACAAGCGAGACCCGAACGUUUGCUUGGUCGGAUUCCAUAACCACUAUUUGUGGGAAACGCUUUAUGAAGCAGGUCACCGCUGUGACGUCUGCAAGAGGAUGCAAACCAAGCACAUCCAUACCUGCCCCAAAUGCCGUUUCAAGAUUUGUUGGGCCUGUCGAUGUGACUAUGGGCUAACCAACAAGACGGCCAAGGAAUUGCGCCGCCGACGUAACCGAGUCUAA